GUUUUUCUCCUUUCAAGACACCAAAUCUUCGAAACCUUUCAAUUUCGAACUGUUGUGGUGGCAAAUUUGUGGUUUUUUAUGGGUAAGUGGAGGAACCGUAGAAUCUUUCGUCAACGAAGAUCUCCCAGGCCGCCUUCUGUGUUCUAUGACCUUCAAGCUCCUCUCCCUGAUUCCAUAUCUUCUUCAAACUUCUAUUUGGAAUUGCCGAAGACAAAUUUCGCGUUUUUCAUUUAGAGAUUUUCAGCAGGAUGGUAUACCCUUAUGGGAGAAGAAAUUUUGCACGUUGGUUGGAUUGGUGCCAUGGCAGAAAGUUGUUGACACCAAGAAUUUUGUGAGCUGCCACAGCAAUGUGCUUAAUUGGAAUGAUUCAGCUGCUGAAGAAGCAUUUCAAAAUGCCAAAAAACAAUAUUGGGCAGAGAUCAACAGCCUCCCUUGUGAUAUUUCUCUUCCUGAUUCUGACACUUAUAUUGAUCAAAUAGAUUGGAACCCCUAUAUUGAUCCUGAACUGAUAGAGGAUUUGGAUCGUGUGUACUGUCCUCCCCCUGAUGAGGAAGAAAGGAAUGCCGUAAGUUACAAGAGAACAAAAAUUUCAGCAGAUGUUGAAAAUUCUCUGGAAUUUGGCGAUACAGAGCUUGACAAAGCAUUGGAAAAUAAAGAUGGGUGGAAUCAAUGUGAAUCCGAUAAACACAAAAAUAGUCCUAGCAAUUCAGAAAAGAAUGCCAAUAACCCUUGGGAGUACAGAGUAACUCGUGAAAAUCGGAAAUUACCUGACAAUGUGUGGGAAGGCGGUGGUGCUAAGGCUUGGGGUCGGAACAAAGCGAGUGGCCAUAGUGAUGACCUUAGGGACUGGAGCUGUGGAUAUAAUCCUUGGCAGAAUGAUACUAAAGGAUGGGGUAAAACAUGGGAUGAUAAUAAAGGAUGGGGCAAAGCUUGGGAUAACACUUGGAACCGAAAGAAAUCAAAUAAUUCCUUGAACAUCGAAAGGCCUUGGGAAUGCAAAACUAAUCUGCAUAAUAGGGCUUCAGCGGGCAGAGGGUGGAGAAACUGUGAAGAGAAUGGCCCUGGAUGGAAGCAUCAGAGAAAUGCCAAUAAUGUUUCGGACAAUUUACAAUUCAGAAGAAAUUAUGGAGAUUGGACUGCCAGGAAUCAGAGUUUCCAGAAAAGGGAAAGUUAUCAUCAAUCCCCCAUAGGAUCUCGAUUUCAAAGGGAUAGUCGUCAAACAGAUCAUCACUGGAGGAGGGAAGACUCAAAGAAGAGGGUCAGCUUUGCUUGUGAAUAGCCAUUAGACAAUGCCGUGCCUUGUUUUUUUGGUCAUGGGCAUGAGAUCGUUGUAUUUGCUGAUCCUUAUGAAUAUCCCUGCGUGGAACUGUUCAUCUAGAUUCUUUUGACGAAGUAGUUUUGCAAGCAAUGCAAUAUAGCUGCAGGUUUUUCAUUGUAUUUAUUCCCCUAGUUAUAUUCUGAAUCACCAUGUGAAUCAUAUCCAGGAAGUUAUUAUGUGGUUAUCAUAAUUAAAGGUUCUCUUCAUAUCAGAAAUAUACCAACAAAUUGAAGGCAUGUGAUUUAUCCUUGAUGUGUAAAUUUAAUAAUUUCACUGGCCUA